AAAAAAGCGAACCAAGCGAGCCGCUGUGAGAGGCUCAGCUGAAAGCCUUUUCAAUGACCCUAUGUGGAGUCAGCAGUGGUAUCUGCAAGACACAAGAAUUACUCCAUCCCUGCCCAAACUGGAUCUCCAUGUUAUUCCUGUGUGGCAGAAAGGAUUCACAGGAGUCAUCAUCACCAUCCUGGAUGAUGGAUUGGAGUGGAAUCACACUGACAUCUAUGCUAACUAUGACCCAAAGGCAAGUUACGAUUUCAACAACAAUGAUCACGAUCCCUUUCCUAGAUAUGACCCAACAAAUGAAAACAAUCAUGGGACACGGUGUGCAGGGGAAAUUGCCAUGCAAGCCAACAACAGAAAAUGCAGAGUUGGCGUAGCCUACAACUCCAGGGUUGGAGGUAUACGGAUGCUGGACAGAAUAGUCACAGAUGCUAUUGAGGCCAGUUCAAUCGGUUUCAACCCAGAACAUGUGGAUAUUUACAGUGCAAGCUGGGGCCCUAAUGAUGAUGGCAAAACUGUGGAGGGGCCUGGGAGACUGGCACAGAAGGCUUUAAAGUAUGUGAUAAACCAGGGUCGAAAUGGGAAAGGCUCCAUUUUUGUGUGGACUUCAGGGAACGGAGGUCGCCAGGGUGACAGCUGCGACUGUGAUGAUUACACUGACAGCAUCUACAUCAUCUCCAUUAGCAGUGCUUCUCAGCAAGGGCUUUCUCCCUGGUAUGCAGAGAAGUGCUCCUCAACUCUGGCCACAGCAUACAGCAGCGGGGAUUACACUGACCAAAGAAUUACAAGUGUUGAUCUUCACAAUGAAUGUACAGAAACUCAGACAGGGACCUCUGCAUCUGCACCUCUGGCAGCAGGAAUUUUUGCUCUGGCGCUAGAAGCAAACCCAGAUCUAAUGUGGAGGGAUAUGCAGCACUUGGUAGUGUGGACCUCAGAAUAUGACCCACUGGCUGGAAAUCCAGGAUGGAAAAAGAAUGGAGCAGGACUGAUGGUCAACAGCCGAUUCGGGUUUGGGCUACUCAAGGCCAAUGCCUUGGUGCAUUUAGCUGAUCCCAAGAGAUGGAAAAGUGUACCAGAAAAGAGAGAGUGCAUUGUCAAAGACAAGAGCUUUGAACCCAGAUUAUUAAGAGCAAAUGAAGAAGUCAUUAUUGAAAUUCCCACAAAAGCCUGCGAGGGCCAAGAGAACUCCAUUGCAUCUCUGGAGCACAUGCAGCUCGAGGCAACAACUGAGUAUUCCUGUAGAGGUGAUCUGCAUGUUACUCUGGUUUCUCCAUCAGGUACAGGAGGAAAAGAUGCCACUGUCUUACUGGCUGAGAGAGAGAGGGACAAAUCUCCCAAUGGAUUCAAGAACUGGGACUUCAUGUCUGUCCACACGUGGGGGGAAAAUCCAGCAGGCACCUGGAUUUUAAGAAUUACUGAUAUGUCCAGGCGAAUACAAAAUGAGGGGAAGAUUGUAAACUGGAAAUUGAUUUUGCAUGGCACUGCUACCCAGCCCGAGCACAUGAAGCAGCCACGUGUGUAUACAUCCUACAAUGCUGUGCAGAAUGAAGGAGUGGAGAAGAUAAUGGAUCUUGUGGAGGACCAUACGACACUGGAGAGCCUGAGUGAAAAACCCAAGGCCACAGAAGACACCAGCAGUGACAAAGCAGAAGAUAAAACCCCUUCAGAAGCCAUGCUGCAUUUACUGCAAAGUGCUUUUAGCAGGCAGAUGGAUCAGAAGCAGCUGCCAAAGAAGACUGCAAGUGAGAAGUUAAACAUUCCACACAAACACUUCUAUCAAGCCCUCAGAAAAUUGAACAAGCCCUCCCAGUUAAGAGGCUCAGAAGAAAGUCUGUACAGUGACUACGUUGAUCUUUUUUACAAUGCCAAAUCUUACAAGCAUAGAGAUGAUAGACUGCUGCAAGUGUUGGUUGAUAUCAUAAAUGAGGGAAAUUAACUGUAGGGCAUGACACUGAGUUGGAAAUAUUAAUUCUCCCCACCUGUAGUUUUUUUUCCAAAGUCUGUGUACG